UUAUAAAAUAUAAAAAUGUUGUCAGUGUCAAAAAUAAUAUCUCUUACUCCAAAACACUUUAAUAAAUUUGUUAAAUUGAACACAAGAUGUCUAGCGACCCAGACAGCUGCGAAGGAAAAUCCCGCAAAGGAGAUAAAGGAAAAAAAAGAAUCAUUGUCAUUCACGAUGAAUUUAUUCCGAGGUCAAUUACAACUAGAGCAAGUCAUUCCAUUUCCAAAAGCACUGAAUUCUGAUCAAUCAGAGACGUUAAAAAUGCUUGUUGAUCCUUUUUCUAAUUUUUUUGCGGAAGUUAAUGACCCAGUUAAAAACGACGAUACAGCAGAUGUAGAUGACAAAGUAAAGCAAACACUGUGGGAUCUAGGAGCGUUUUCUAUUCAAGUGCCCGAAAAAUACGGAGGUAUCGGACUGAACAACACUCAGUAUGCGAGAUUGGUCGAGAUAGUAGGUCAGAAUGAUUUAGGUGUCGGUAUUAUGCUGGGCGCACAUCAAAGUAUUGGAUUUAAAGGUAUUUUAUUAUACGGGACUCCAGAGCAAAAGGAAAAAUAUCUGACCCGUGUCUCAAAUGGCGAGUAUGCAGCAUUCGCCUUAACAGAGCCAAGUUGUGGAUCAGAUGCGGGUUCCGUGAAGACCCGGGCUGUAAAAUCUGCGGACGGGACUCACUAUGUAAUGAACGGCAGUAAAAUUUGGAUCUCAAACGGCGGUUGGGCGAACAUUUUCACCGUCUUCGCUAAAGUGCCUAUGAAAGAUCCUGUAACCGGCGAGACCACUGAAAAAGUAACGGCGUUUAUUGUAGACCGUGCAUUCGGUGGUGUGACAAAUGGGUCACCGGAAAAAAAAAUGGGCAUUAAAUGCAGUAACACCGCUGAAGUUUACUUUGAGGAUGUCAAAGUACCAGCCGAGAAUGUGUUGGUAGGUGAAGGUCAAGGAUUCAAAGUCGCUAUGAAUAUUUUAAACAACGGGAGAUUUGGUAUGGUUGCUGCGUUAUCGGGAACGAUGCAGAGUUGUAUUAAAAAAGCUGUUGAAUUCGCUAACCAGCGGGUACAGUUCGGUAAAACUAUUAAUCAAUAUGGCAGUAUUCAAGAAAAAAUAGCAAGGAUGUCGAUGCAUCAAUAUGUUACGCAAUCUCUCGCAUUUAUGAUUUCGGGUAACAUGGAUCUUGGUAGUCAGGAGUAUCAAUUAGAAGCUGCUAUUUCGAAGGUAUUUGCUUCCGAAUCAGCUUGGUACGUGUGUGACGAAGCUAUUCAAAUUCUCGGAGGAAUGGGAUACAUGAAGGACACCGGCUUGGAACGUGUGAUGCGAGAUGUGCGUAUUUUCAGAAUUUUCGAAGGAACCAAUGACAUUCUGCGAUUGUUCGUCGCGUUAACUGGAAUCCAGCAUGCUGGAGGACACUUACAGGAACUCCAAAGAGCUUUCAAAAACCCAGCAGCUAACUUGGGGUUAAUUUUCGAAGAAGCUGCUAAGCGCGCUACCAAAGCCGUUGGAUUGGGAUCAACCCCGACUUUUGCUCAUUUACUGCACCCUAUUCUUGCAGAAAGCGCUAAUUUAACUGGAAAAAGCAUCGAAAAUUUCGGACAAACUGUGGAAGAACUUUUAAUUAAAUACGGGCGUGGAAUCGUGAAUGAACAGUUUAUAUUAAACAGACUAGCACAAGCUGCUAUUGAUACAUAUACAUCUGUUGUUGUUCUGAGCAGAGCUAGUCAAUCAUUGAAUAAUAAAAUACCGAGUGCUGAACAUGAAUCAGUUAUGGCGAAAGUAUGGUGUAGUGAGGCGGCAAGUCGUACAGCGUACAACUUAAAAGUUGUUAAAUCAGAAAAAUCUUUGGAAUUAUUCAAUCAAAUGAAGACUAUAUCUCGAAACGUAUGCGAAGUUGGUGAAUGCGCACAAAAUACACCAUUGGGUUUUUAAAUUAUUGAUUUGAAUAUUUAAUUUAUUCACUAAUUUUCUAUUGAAUUAAUUAUUAAUUUUUUUACAAUUGAUUGAUUGAAAAAUAAAAUUCCAUCAACAAAAUUGGGAUAAAUUUAAGAAGAGACUAUCGAUAACAGAGAAAAGAGAUUAUAAUAACUAAUAAUGUUAUAAGUUAUAAUUAUAAAUAAUUAAAAAUGUGCCUAUUGAUGCCUUCCAAAAUGUUAUUUGUUUUUUAGAUAAUUGAUAUAUUUAUAUA